UUCUGCUCAGAUCUUAACAGAGCACUGUCGUCUGCUCGCCUACCCGGAGAGGUGUCGAAUCGAUUUUUCAAAAUGGACGUGUGAUGGUAACAUAUGGGUAGGCCAGUUACAGACGACAAGGCCGGGAGUAUGUAUCUAGUGCUGUGCUGUUGGCUUGUGUAUGUGACAAUAUCUCCAAACUCCGCCGCCGCAGCAGAACUUGAUAUUUAUCCAGAAUUGCCGGACGAGGUGAUUCUCAAGCGAAUCCAGCAUGUGUUGACGGAGUUUCGGCAGAGGCAGCUGCGUAUCCUGCAGGACUCCAGAGAUCAUGAGGUUCUGCCACAGUUUACAUAUCAGCUGCCAGAAACCCCCAACAGGAACUAUCAGAGUGACUUGUUCGCUGUUCCACCUUCAGACCCGAGAUACUACCAGCCUGAUACUGAGGUCCAGGAGAUCAAGAGAAUGGAUGAUGAUCCGGAAAUACAACAAGAGAACCUGAUGAGGACUCAGGGGGAGCAGCUAGGGGCACCUCUCACCACUGGAGAAGAAAGUUGGUUAGAUGAUGCUACCACCACGGAGCCCAACCAGCCUUCAGUCGCUGGAGAAGAUGUCUUAAAGAGAUUUCUUAGUAGAGAUGACAAAGACAUCCUUCUCGUUGCGAUAAUCGCAGGGUGUGGGGCAGCAGCAGCUGCAGGUGUAGUUGCUCUUGCUGUCGGAUGGUAUAGGCUCCACAACAACUCAAAGGCUGCUGCUGACAUCGAAUACCCAGCCUAUGGAGUGACAGGGCCUAACAAGGAGAUCACACCAACUGGUGACCGUCGUUUGGCGCAGUCUGCGCAAAUGUAUCAUUACCAGCACCAGAAGCAGCAGAUCAUUGCCAUGGAGAGCAAUCGAGCCAACAAUGAGCGGAGGGGGUCCAUAUCGGAAGGGGAUAGUGAUGAGGAGAAUGAAGAAGGAGAUUACACAGUGUACGAGUGUCCAGGGUUGGCUGCGACUGGAGAGCUGGAGGUGAAGAACCCACUGUUCCAGGACGAUCCCACCCCUGCUGCUGGGAACCACACUAUCCCGGAACCCCCCGUCCCUACAGACAAGAAACAAUAGAAUGUUCCCUCCCCCGUACUGAGAAUCUCACCCCAAUGUGCAGUCUCCCGUGCCGAAGUCCCAUUUACAUUAAGUUUAAACGAUUGGCUAGUUACUAGAUAUUUUAUUUAAUAGUAUAUAGUGCUGUGGUAUAUAUAUAUUAUAUAUAUGUGAAAUAUCAAAAGUAUUUAUCUAGGGAGAGCAGGCUUCUUCUCCUUUGUUGAAAAUUCAUAGUUUAAUAACGUGCAAUUUGAUUUAAUAUUAAGGUGACAUAAUAUAUUUUUAUACAGAUUGAUCUUCCAGCAAUCUUUUCACGAGAAUUUGUAAUCUACUUCUUCCACCUUUUUGAAAUUUAUUUCUCUCGUCAUGUUUUUGGUUCAUUAAUGUUACGGUUGUAUUGAGAGGGUAUUUUACUAAUUAAAUAGUGGGAAACGUAUCUAAAUAAUAUCAAUAUAUUAAUGUAACACUUUUAAUAGCACAGUAAGAACAUUUUUCAUCCUAUUUGUAUUACAAUGUAAUGGAAAGUUAUGGAGUUUAUGUGUAAAAAUGUUUUUAAUAAAAAGCAACACAUUUUUAUCACAGAGUUGGACAUUGUUUAACAAACAUUGUAACCUUAUGAACGUAACACAGUUUUAAUAGCUUUAUAUAACCUAUUAUUGUGUUGCAACAUUGUUAAUAUUUUUAUUUAAUUUAAUAUCACAUGUACUCGUCCACUAAUGGAAAUAAAUUCCUGUACAUCGAAA